AAUACUGCAGAGUAUAAUUACGUAGUCUACGAUAAAGGCUACACAUUACGAAGAUAUUUUUAAUAUAUAUUUGACACAGCAUGGUACUGGACUUAUCUGAAAUUGCUACACUAAAAUUCGAAAAGCCUAUCAAUGAUAAGGCAUCGACGAAAGAAUCAUGCAAAACCGGUUAUGAAUGGAAAAUUGUUUGGAGAAAUGUUAUUAUUUUCGCCUACAUUCAUCUUGCUGCCCUUUUCGGGCUAUACGUGCUUUUCUUCCGUGCUAAAUAUCAAUCGGCUAUAUGGUUUACUGUUGUUGGUGUCGCUGGGGGUCUAGGUAUUACCGCUGGCGCUCAUAGAUUAUGGGCCCAUCGAUCUUACAAGGCAAAAUGGCCCUUGAGAUUUAUCCUCAUGAUUUUUCAGACUAUCGCUUUUCAAGAUGACAUUUAUCAAUGGGUCAGGGAUCACCGGGUGCAUCAUAAAUUUACCGACACCGAUGCGGACCCGUAUAAUGUACGCAGAGGAUUCUUCUUUUCGCAUAUCGGUUGGCUUUUGGUUCGUAAACAUCCUGAUGUCGCAGACAAGGGUGCUAUAGUCGAUUGCAGUGAUCUGAAGCAAGAUCCAAUCGUGAUAUUUCAAAAGAAGUGGUACUUGAAUUUGAUGUGGCUCUGUUGUUUUAUCAUACCAACGUUAGUACCAUGGUUGGCAUGGAACGAAAGCUUGUCAUAUUCAUGGCAUUGUGCAGUCUGCAGAUAUUGUAUAAACUUGAAUAUUACUUGGCUGGUAAAUUCUGCGGCUCACAUGUGGGGCAUGAAACCAUACGAAAAAUCCUUCAGCUCUACCAACAAUGCUACAGUAUCUCUUUUAACAUUUGGCGAAGGGUGGCAUAAUUAUCAUCAUGUCUUUCCGUGGGACUAUAAAGCGGCGGAACUUGGAAAUUAUAGACUUAAUUUUACCACAGCUUUCAUCGACUUUUGCGCUUAUUUAGGUUUGGCUUAUGAUUUAAAGACGGUACCUGCUGAUACAAUAAAAAAACGCGCCUCUCGAAGUGGCGAAACAUAUGAACAGUAAUAAAUUUACCGAUUAUACCAAGUAAAAUACAGUCAAUUAAGUUUUCAUUCCAAAUUGAUUUUUUCGUAAACAGAAUCUUGUGCAGAAGUAUUUACUUAAAAAAAAUUUUGAAGAUAUAUUUCUACAAAGACUUUCAAAGUAUUUACAAUAAUAUAUGUGUUUUUUGGUGUAAUAAUAUCAUCGAAAUAAUUUUUAAUUUAUCAUAUUAUCGCUUCUUUGACGUUAUUUCUUACUGCUCUAUAUUUUCUUGUUUUUCGUAAUAAUGCCACAUCAUCAAAUACAAUUACAUCACGAUAUAUUAUAAUAUUAAUUUUGAAUAUAUAACCUUCUUUGUUCACACAACUUAUAGAUUAAUAAUUAGUAAAUUAAUUAUAUUCUAUCAAACCUAAAGUGUGUAAUCGGGUUUUGUUGUUCCUCACUCAACUGUUCCUCACACAACACUUACGAAUAGAAAUCUUUUCCCACCCCAAACAACUUUUUUAUUUUUGUUCGCAGAAAAAAUAUUUCAGACAAAAGUUGUUUUGGUUUGAAAGGGGAUAUAAGAUGGUGCCAUUGACCUUGACGAGUUGCUUGAAAGUAACAAAGGUCACUUUCAAUUUUUUAAAUGGGACUAC